AUGCGGCUAAAAGAGGAGAAAGAAAGAUUACUACUCGAAAGGAAGAUUCAGCGCCUAGAGGCACGCACUUUGCGCGAACAAGAAAAGGCACAUAUAGCGAAGAAGAAAGAGGCAUUACGUCAGGCACGAUUAGCGGAUCAACAAUUACAGAAGGAGUCGAAAACCCGUCCGACCGUCAAGAAACCUCGUAUACAGACCUCUUUACACCAAAAUCUACAGCCCCAAGAACUCCAAAUCAGUGAAGAAGCGGUACAGGAGGGGGUGGAAGAAGGCGGGCACCGGGCGCGCCCACAGCGUGUUCGACGCCUCCCCAAACACCUACAGGACUGCGAAAUUACGCCAAAAUGA